AAAAAAAACGCAUUUAAAAUAUAUGGUUCUUAGACCAAAUCAAAAUAAACUAACAAAAUAUUGCUCUUCUAGGAUGGAAAAUAAAAAUGAAUUAGUGGAUAGAAAUUUUCUUAGCCUAGUUCACGUCCAAUAUAUCAGAUGCAUUGGCUUCGGGUCCAAUGUAAAUUCCCUUCCUUGAUUUUCCCCCUGUUUCCUUUCUACAACCCUAAAGGUUUUUGAAACCAUGAACCAAGAUGAUGAGAAGAGUCCCUGGAAAGUACCUGAUUGCAGCCAGCCCAAGCAUACAAAUUCGCCCAUCUUUUCUACACUCAUAUUCUUGGCAGUAAUGUUGCUCAUUGUUGCAGGCAAUAUCUUCUCCAACAUAUCUCUAGAGUCGAGCACCUUCAAUGUCGAAGCAAGCUCCGAGGUGAUACCGACGAAGAACAUCAACUCCAACAUUAUGAUAGCAUCCAAAAAGAGCAAGAGGAAUGAUAAUCACUGGGAAAUGCCAAACCCCUUGACUCCACCGAAGAAUACAACAAGCAAAGACAGAAUUGCAUGGCUCUGUAUGCACCUGCCAGAGUUUGAGGUUUUCAGGUCAACCAAUCUCUCCAAGCAGUUUAAUGGCAGGGUCCUGAAAUUUUUCAAUGAAACAUGUGAAGUUAGAUUCUUCAUGACAUGGAUAGCACCAGCACAGGUUUUCGGCAGAAGAGAAUUCCGAGCCGUGGAAAGUGUUUUCAAAGCUCAUCCUAAUGGAUGCUUAAUGAUUGUUUCAGGAUCCAUGGAUUCUCCGCAAGGAGAUAGCAUCCUCAAACCGCUACUUGAUCGCGGUUUCAGAGUUCUGGCAGCCACACCAGACUUCCAGCUGUUGCUUGAGAACACCCCCGCCAAAGCUUGGUUUGAUGAAAUCAGAAGCUGCAAAAGAGAUCCCGGAAGGAUACCAUUAUCCCAAAAUCUAUCAAAUCUUGCGAGGCUCGUGAUUAUAUACAAGUAUGGAGGGGUUUACAUAGACACGGAUUUCAUUGUUAUGCGAAGCUUUAAAGGGUUGAAGAACUCAAUUGGGGCACAGACAGUGGAUGAACAGUCAAAAAACUGGAUCAGGUUGAAUAAUGCAGUCCUGAUCUUCGAGAAGAAUCACCCACUUGUCUACGGAUUCAUUGAGGAAUUUGCUUCAACUUUUGAUGGUAACAGAUGGGGCCACAAUGGCCCUUACUUGGUAAGCAGAGUAGCUAAGAGAGUAGAAGGAGAAAUUGGAAAGAACUUCACAGUCUUGUCACCAACAGCAUUCUACCCAUUUAAUUGGAUAGAAAUCCAAAGCCUGUUUAGGAAGCCAAAGAGCUCAAAUGAAACAAGAUUAUCCGAAGCCGAGCUGCUCAAACUGAACAAAGAAAGUUAUGGGAUGCAUCUUUGGAACAAGAAAGCCAGAAAUCUUCCAAUCGAAAAGGGUAGUGUCAUAGACAGAAUAAUCUCAGAAAACUGUGUUAUUUGCGGAGAGACUCCGAGAUGAAGAAAAGCAAAAUGGCUUCAAAUGACAACUGAAAGUGACUGUUUCCAGGUUUCACAUUUCUCCCCUCUUGUAUUUCCAUUUCCACUAUUUGUUGUUUCUCGUGUAGACAAGAGCAAAAGGAAUUUGUGUCCUGAACUAGAAUGCUAAUAGAACUAGAACCCUGGACACCUCUUCCACCAUGUGUCCUGAGAAAAAGGACUUUUGCUUGGCUUUUCUAUUUUGUCUUUAAUGUUUAAGUUCAAAUGCCCUUCCACCCAAGUUGGAAGUCGAAGGAAAACCUAUUGGACAAUAAUCUUUGAUUUGGUAGAAAAGGUUUUGUCAGUUACUCGGUUUAAAUGGAAGUCUUUCAUUUGAAUAAAUGGAAGUUCCGUUGCAAGUUCAUCAUAAGAAAAAAGCUCAAGGAAGAAAUCAAAUAGGAGUCAGAAAUCAUGUCCACCAUCAAAUGGACAUAUGGGUUCUGAAUGAAAGAAAAAAGCUUCCGGGACAAUCGAGUGUUUUAAUUCGUGACAGAAA